AUGUGUUAUUUUAAUCGUCUAUCAGCUGUGUCACGUGCAUCUGAAGUUGACAUUGUCAUUGGCGCUUUUUUUUCUUUACAUCAUCCUCCUCUAUCGCAUGGCGGUGGUCGAUUACGAGAAUGUGGUGACAUUCGUGAAGAUUAUGGUAUACAUCGUGUAGAAGGUACUUUUUGGAUUCUCGAUCAAAUCAAUGCAAAUCAAUCUAUAUUACCAAAUAUAACUAUAGGCUAUCAAAUACGUGAUUCAUGUUGGUAUGCACCUGUUGCACUUGAACAAACAAUUGAAUUUAUUGGACAUUCAGUAUUAACUACUGGUGAUUCAACGAUGACUAGUAAUGGUGGUCGAUCUCGAUUAGCAGCUAUUAUUGGACCAGGUGAUAGUUCAAUAACAAUGCAAACACAUAAUAUUUUACAAUUAUUUGAAAUGCCACAAAUUGGAUAUUCAGCUACAGCUAAACAAUUAAGUGAUAAAGAAAAAUUUAAAUAUUUUACACGUGUUAUUGCAUCAGAUACACAACAAGCACAAGCUAUUGUAGAUAUUAUUCGACAAUUUAAAUGGAGUUAUGUUGCAACAAUUGGUACCGAAGGUGAUUAUGGUCGUGGCGGUGUUGAAGCUAUUCGUCGUUUACUUAAAAAAGAUGCAUGCAUUGGUGCAGAUUUUACAAUGCCAAUCGGUGCAAAUGUAACAGUAGCUUCUCAAUUAAUCAGACAACUUGUUAUACGAGCUCCACGUGUACAAGUACUUAUAUGCUUUUGUCUUGAUCAUUCUGUUCGAGCUGUAUUACAAGCAAUUAAAGAAUUAAAUUAUACUCAACGAUUUAUUAUUCUUGGAAGUGAUGCUUGGGCUGAUCGUCUUAAUGUAAUACCAAAUAAUACAGAAAGCGUAGCAUUGGGUGCUAUUACAAUCAAAGCUCGUUCAUUACGUGUACCUGGUUUUGAACAAUAUUUUCGUCAAUUACAUGUAUAUAAUAAUACACGAAAUGUAUGGUUUCGUGAAUAUUGGCAACAAAAAUUUUCUUGUUCAUUAAAUAGUUUUAAUAAUAAUUCUUAUAUAAGUCGAACAAAUAAAUAUUCUCGAUCAUGUCAUCCUGAAAAUGAAAGUCUUGCUAAAGUACCUUAUAAUGAAGAUCCUAAACUUGCAUUUGUUAUUAAUUCAAUAUUAGCUGUUGUACAUGGUCUAGAUAAAAUGCAUAAACAAAUUUGUAAUGGAACAAAUGGUUUAUGUACAGAAAUGGCUCGUAUGAAUACAUCAUUAUUAAUGCAUUUUUUAAAAAGUAGUCGAUUUACUGGUAUAACUGGUGAAGAAGUAUUUUUUGAUGAAAAUGGUGAUGGUCCUGGAAGAUAUGAUGUAUUAAAUUUACAAGUUAAUACAAAUGAUAGCGAACAUCCUUUACAUUAUGUUCAAGUUGGAACAUGGAGUACUGGUAAAUUAAAUUUAAAUAUAUCAUCAAUACGUUUUUUUGCUGAUCAACGUUCAAUAAAUCAAAUAAAUGUUCGUCGAUUUUGUAGUGAUGCUUGUCCAACAGGUCAUAUUAAAAAAUUUACUGAUGAAGAACGUUGUUGUUGGAAAUGUCAUUUCUGUGCUAAUGCUAUUGUACUUGACGAAUCAACAUGUUUUACUUGUCCAGUUGGAUUUUCACCUAAUGCUGAUCAAACAGCUUGUGGUUUAUUACCAAUAACAACAAUAAAUUUUCGUCAUCCAUUAUCAAUUAUAAUAUGUUUUGUUGCUGGUAUUGGUAUUCUAAUAAGUUUUUUUGUUGUUUAUAUAUUCGUACGUUUUAAUGCUACGCCAGUUGUUAAAUCAACAACACGUGAAUUAAGUUAUUUAAUUUUAAUGGGAAUUUUAUUUUGUCAUUUAACAGCAUUUGUUAUUUUACAAAAACCAUCAUUUAUUAUAUGUGUUUUAACACGUUUAUUACCAGCAAGAAUUUUAGCAAGAAGUAAAAAGAAAAUUAUAACAAGACGAUUAAAAUUUAUGAGCGCUAGACAUCAACUUGCAAUUGCUUGUUUUAUACUUGUUACUGAAGUUACAAUUGUUGCUGUUACUGUGUACAGAGAUCCACCUAAAGCAGUAUUGAUUGAAACUGGUGGACGUUUAUUAUUAACAUGUAAAAAAUCACUUCAAGGUAUUGCUGCUCCACUUGGUUUUGAUGGUCUACUAGUUUUUCUAUGUACACUUUAUGCAAUUAAAACGAGAAAUUUACCUGAAAAUUUUAACGAAGCAAAAUUUAUUGGUUUUUCAAUGUAUACAACAUGUGUUAUAUGGUUAGCAUUUGCUGCUGUUUAUUUUGCUAUUGAUAUUAAAGUAUUUUCAUUAUGUGUUGCAACAAAUGCAAGUGCAUAUGUUAUACUUAUAUUUUUAUUUUUUCCUAAACUUUAUUUAAUUAUAUUUAAACCAGAAAAAAAUAAUCGAAGUGCAUUUGCUACAAAUAAAGAUAUUCGUUGUCAUUUUGGUUCAUCAACAACAUCAAAAAGUGAUAUAUCAUCUUAUCGUUAUAGUGAAGGUUCAUCAUUAUUUCGUCGUUCAGUUUUACAUCGUAUUCGUUUUGGUAAUACUCUACGUUUAAAAGCUGAAUUUGUUAAUUCAGCAGCAUCAUCAUUACGUACAAAUGAUUUACUUGGUAGUGAUCGUCGUCCAUCAAGUUCAUUAUCAGCUUAUCCUGAUCAAUGGAUGUAUCAUCAUCAUCAUCGACGUUUAUCUGGUUCACCACAAGCACCAUUACCUGAAUUUAGUUCUGAUGAUUUACCAUAUCGUACAAGAAUAUUAAGUCAAAAAACAUUAGAUAAUAUACCGGCAGCAUUAGGUAUAGAUUUACCUAAUAUAUCAAUAACAUCUUUAGAUCCUCCAAAUAAUAAUAAUAAUAAUGAAUUAGAUACAAAUGAAAAACCAACUAUUGUUCAAAAUCAUUCACCUGAUUGUAUUUAUACAACAAAUCAAUUAAAUAAUCAUAAAAAUGAUUUAAAAAAACAAAUUCAUAAAAGUACAAGAAAAAAAUUUCAUUCAAAUACAAAUCAUGAUUUAAUAUCAUCAAUUAAAAAAGUUGAUAUUGAAAAUGAAUCAUCAAGUGAAUCAACAAAUGAAUGUUUAGGAACAAAUUUAAUAACACCAACAACAUUAACAUAUUCAAAACCUGUUUGUACAUGUCAAUUAUUAUGGCAAUUAGAACGAGAUACAGAUAGUAUUGAUAAAUUUAAAUUAUUUUUUAAACGAGAUCAUUUAAAUGUCGAUUGGGAUUAUGUACAAGGUUCUAGUGAAGUUUAA